AUGGCAUCAUCGUUCUCGACUGGACUAAAGGACCCAAGUCUCUUCAUCGAGAAAUCAUACAUUGAUGGCCAAUGGGUCUCAUCCAAGUCAAACGCAACCUUCAAAGUUUACAACCCCGCCACCGAAGAGGUUGUCGGCUCAUGCCCCGAAUCGAACACAGACGACAUUAACGCCGCUAUCCAGGCUGCAUCAACAGCCUUCCCUUCAUGGCGCGCUCAGUCAGGUCGGCAACGGGGACGCAUUCUGCGCCGACUGUUUGAACUGCUAGUUGCGAACAAGGAAGACAUUGGCAAGAUCAUCACAGCCGAGAAUGGCAAGGCAAAGGGCGAUGCCGAAGGAGAGGCUCUGUUCUCUGCCGGAUUUUUUGAAUGGUUCUCGGAGGAGGCACCGCGAAUCUACGGUGAUGUUAUCCCACACAGCAACCCAUCUUGCCGUACGCAGGUCCUAAAGGAGCCCAUCGGUGUGUGUGGGUUGAUCACUCCCUGGAACUUCCCGAUGGCCAUGGGAGCACGCAAGGUGGCUGCUGCCUUGGCGGCUGGAUGUACUGUUGUCAUGAAGUCAGACGGCCUGACUCCAUUCUCUUCUAACGUGUUGGCUGUUCUUGCCGAGCGUGCUGGUGUUCCGAAGGGUGUGUUCAACGUUGUCACAGCAUUGGAUAACACACCUUCUCUCGGACUGGCACUUUGCGAAUCGGAUAUUGUGAAGAAGAUCUCAUUCACCGGCUCGACCCGCGUUGGCAAGCUGCUCAUGCAGCAGUCUAGCAGCACACUGAAGAAGCUGAGCCUCGAGCUUGGCGGAAACGCUCCAUUCAUUGUCUUUGACGACGCUGACGUGGAGACUGCCGUUUCAAGUGCCAUUAUCAGCAAGUUCAAGGUCACCGGACAGACUUGUGUGUGCGUAAACCGAUUCUUUAUCCAAGAGGGUAUUUACGAGCAAUUUAGCAAGCGCUUCGUGGAGGAAAUGAAGAAAUUCCAAGUUGGUAAUGGCCAUGAUGCCGCCUCAACCCACGGUCCUCUCACCAACGGCGUGGCCAAGACACAAGAGCACAUCAGCGAUGCUCUGGGCAAGAACGCUACCGUACUUCUCGGCGGUAACCCUCUAUUAUCUAUUGGAAAGAACUUCCACGAGCUCACUAUCCUGGGCAAUGUCGACGAUUCGAUGAAGAUUGCGUACGAGGAGACUUUCGGCCCCGUCGCAGCGCUUGCCAAGUUCUCGACUGAAGAUGAGGUCGUUCGCCGUGCAAACAACUGUGAGGUUGGUCUUGCAUCUUACCUUAUGACGAGCGACCUGGGUAAGGCACACCGAGUAUCUGAGCGAUUGGAAUUCGGUAUGGUUGCGAUCAACACUGGAAUCAUUUCAGACUCUGCUGCGCCAUUUGGUGGUGUUAAACACUCCGGCAUGGGUCGCGAGGGCAGCAAGUACGGCAUUGACGACUAUGUUAACAUCAAGAUGAUUGUGACUGGUGGUAUCAACACUGUGUACACAUCUAGCUUGUAA